AUGACUACCGCUGCUGCACUUGGGCUUCUCCCUGGAUAUCCUAGGCACUUUGCGCCGCCUCCUAGGUCACCAUCUUCCAUGAACAACGGCGGAGCUGCUUCUGCGCAUUGGCUUCAAGGUAGCAGGCUGCGUUCUUCUUUCAACGCAAGUGAUGCGACAGUUGAAGACCUUGGCUUGCUCCUCGACUGGGAAUCACAGUACCUUGGGGCACUCUGCCUCCCACCCAGCAGCCGUCCCCAACCCUGUCUUUCCACUGGCCUUACCAACAGAAUGUACUCACCAAGGGCUCUUGAUCCGGCAGCGCUCGUCCAGUCUCCAAUUGGUGGCAUGUCUCCUCGAUCCCCUCGGCUUAUGGAGCCAACAUCGCCCAUAAAUGCCCGUUUUGGAGCCACUAUCACGCAGCGUGAGAUGUAUGAGCAGUUCUCUAACCUGAACAAGCACCAGCUGCCAUCAGUGGGUUCGCCGCGGAAUUCCAAUGUUGCUUCAUGGGGCAAUGCGGGUUCCCCAAUGGGUAAGGUUGACUGGGGCGUCGAUGGUGAGGAGCUGGAUCGAUUGGAUCCUAUGAUGUGUAUGAAUUUGAUGUCCAUUGCUGUUAAUUGUUGCUGUCCAUUGUUGCUGUCCAUUGCUAUGAAUGAUGAGCAAACCUUCUUGGACAUCAUUGAUUUUGGUUACACACAAACACAACUAGAAAGUCCAAUUGGAGAGCAACCAACCCCAUCAACUCAGCAUCAAGCAACACCAAUAACAGAGAAAGCAAAAUCCAACAAAGGAAAAAAUUGGUCUAGUGAGGAGGACAAGAUUUUGAUAGCAGCAUGGGGAAAUACAAGUUUGGAUAGUGUCGGGACAGAUCAAAACAGAGAUGCUUAUUGGGCUAGAAUUUCAGAGUACUACAACUCACACAAGAUGUCAUCAUGGCCGGAGCACACUAGUGGUAUGACUGAUAUGCAAAAGCAGUUCUACCAAGCUAAGCAGAAUGAGAUCCUUGCUCGUCGCCUAGAGUAA